UCAGUCACGAUUAUCGUUAUUGUUCCACAAUGUCGGAAGGUGAAUUUGAAGCAAUCGACGGAUCUUAGACUCGAAAGGUAUCUCUGUGGGAUUCCGAUUGAAAUUAUCAGUCUUUUUCGCGUAAGCGCGAUGAGAACGCCAUGCAUAGGACGUAGAACGAACAUCGCCGAUCGUAGAGAGAUUCUAUUUUUGUCACACUAUUCUCUGACCCUCUUAAGCCGUUGAACAACUGCCAGUAGUCAGAGCUGGAUUCUCUCCGCAUUGGUAGAGCCAAAGUGUCUUUCUGUACCACGCCCGUUCGGCCCGUGAAAUACCGGGUGUGAAUUAUUAUUCAGAACACGCAGCGCGUCUCCUAUAAUCGUGUAAUGCUAUUUGAACAGGGUACGCAAUCAUUCAUCGCCGGAUUGGAAAAAAUUCAAUGUAUGAACAAUACAAACGAACACUGCUCGUUGUCGUUUGAUUCGUCAAACCGAGGUGAAAAAUUUCAAAGUACAAUUUUUGGUACGAAAAUGUAAAAACACAGAUUUAUGUGAAAAGGAAUUUCGAACUCGUGUGGAUAUAUUAAAAAAAUUGCUAUCCACGUUCAGAAAGACGAAUUACAUACGCCGUGUCAUUAAAAAAAAAAAAAAUGAUGGAAAGUGUAUUCUCUGAUUCGUUCGUGGGAACUUUUGCCUAAAACGGCAAAAUUUGUUUUUACGUAGCGAAUAAAUAAACAGCUCACGUAUUCAGCACGUGUUUUGAUACUCUAGACUCGAUAGCUGAGGAAAGAACCCCACGUGCGUCGUCGCCACAGCGAGACUUUGAACCUCGCUUUAAACCGUUGAAAAACACCCAGGGGGAUGACGACGCGGGGUCGCGUAGCUUGAAUAUAUGUAGCUUACUGGACCGUAACGUCGAAAUCUUCUAGAGUCUCCAGUGAUAUUCAUUUAUCAUCGAGAACAUCUACUACUUCCAGAAGAGUAUAAACGGACCGGAAAAAAAGAAGAAUUAAAAAUACAACAAAUUAUAAAAGAAAAAAGUAAUAAAGAGUUUGAUUGGAUCUGAAAUUGCCGUUGUUUUACGACAGAGGCAACUUGUAUCUUCGUUCCAUACCCACGUGUGUUCUUCGCAUACACCGCAACAUAAACUCCCGUACUUCUAUUUGUAUGUUUCUCAAACAUCUUCUGAGUUUUCGAAUUGUUUCACCGUAAAUCAAAAAUAUUGAAGUAUUUGCAGCUUUCAAAUUUUGCAAGAAUGACAAAUUUAAAAAUAUAAACCAUAUUGUGCGCCGCCUUCUUCUAGUUAAUCGAAAACCAUAAAGUGUGUAACGGUGCAAAAAAGAGAGGUCAAAUUCUUGGAUAAAAUUUGAUCGGUUUAAUUCAUCUCUUAAAUUAAGAUAAUCCAAGUGAUAGAGAAUCUCCAAAGAUACAAAACUAAUAUUCAAACUGGCUGAUAAAAUGACUAUGAUAGGAAUUGCGCGGCGCAACUGGGCGUUAAGACUUUCGGUGGUGUUGAACGUGUGCGUGCUGCUUUACGUGUGCGUCCAUUUCGGUUCAUCCGGGCCUUGGAUUGAAGAACAACCGGCGAAUUGGGUUUCGCCUUUGGGGGAGGCAUUCAAGGGCACGGAAUUGACGCCCAACGUUAGCCUGACGGAAGGGUCAAAGGUUGGUUCGACGAAGGAGACGAGAAUCGCUACGACAAAGGAAACGGUCAACGAGAAAACUACCAAGGAGAAUAAGAGCGGUGUAGGGGAUGGCGGGAAAAACGGAAAUACGAAUACGACGCAGAAACAGGAAGCCAUCGGCACUUCGUCGGGAUUAAUGACCCUCGAGGAGGCAAUACCGUGUAACGAUAAAUCAACGGCGCCAAAAACUGCCCAACGUGGUGAAUAUUGGGUACUUUAUAACUACAUUCCAAUGUCAACGCAAGUGAAAUGCUGGGAAAGUGUUACCUAUACGACACACGCCGAUUAUACAUUCCUCGACAAUCUAAUUCCUUUGAUCGAAAGAUGGCAAGCUCCAGUUUCGAUAGCUUUGUACGCACCCGGAACUGAUUUUCAACCGACUAUCGACGCCAUCAAGUGGUUGAGGACUUGCGGAAGUCCGUUGAUAUCGCAGCUCGUCACUUUUCACGUAUUCUUCAGCAACAAACAUAUUCCGAAAUCGGUUCCUUCUUCGGAGAAAUUGGCCUCAGAGGGCUGGAACUGUAGCCUGCAUGCGCCAUGGACAAACCUUACGAUCUCCAAAAUGUAUAAGUCUGAAAAAAAACUUUUAUAUCCUGUGAACGUUGGGCGAAAUAUUGCUAGGGAAUGGGCACCUACGCACUACGUUCUACCGAGUGACAUAGAACUGUACCCCAGUCCGGAACUGGCACCCAAGUUCCUUGAAAUGAUCAGAAGAAGAGAUCAGCAACCCCUCUACAAACCCAAUCCCAAAGUCUUCCCACUCUCACUCUUUGAAGUCAGUGCUGACAGUCAGGUUCCGACCAACAAAACGCAACUGAUCCGAAUGUUGAAGGCAGGAACGGCAAUACCGUUCCAUAAAAAGGUUUGCGCAGGAUGUCACAACGUGCCACGGAGUAAAGAGUGGCAGGAAGCGCGUGAGACGGAAGGACUUCAUGUAUUUCACGUUGGAAAACGAACCGGUGCCUUUGUUCACUGGGAACCUAUUUUUAUCGGGACCAACAAUGAUCCUCUUUACGACGAAAGACUCAGUUGGGAAGGCAAAAGUGAUAAAAUGACACAAGGGUACACACUCUGCGUUCUGGACUAUGAUUUUCUAAUAUUGGACAAUGCGUUUAUGGUCCAUAAGCCGGGAAUAAAAGUCUACAAAAAGGAUGCAGUGCGAGAGAUGCUCAGUGGAAAAACGAACGCACUGAUCAAGAAAAUAAUCGUUCCGGAGCUCAAGGUCCUCUACGGAACACGCAAAGGUUGUGCCGUGUAGCCCAGCGCCUUUCGGGUCCAGCAAGUUGUUCUAAGCUGCUCAGGCACACACUUACCGGCCCGAAUAAAAGCGCUGUGUUCGAGUCGCAGGACAUAAUUAAUAAUGGCAAUGGUGAACUCAACUACGGUGGGAGCCACUAAAUUCACAAGUGAGCAAGUGAUAAAAUUUAAGAUUAGGAUUUUUAUAAAGUCAAAUAUUAUGGACAUAAAGAUAUUGCCAUUACGUGUUUAAGAAUGAUGGACAUUUUUCAAUCGAUCCUGAUAACGUUUUGAGCCGUCGAAAGUAUGGUCGAACCAAGGCUUAGGUAUUUUGAAAUGAUUUCAUCCCAAUACUCUGUUGUUCAAGCAUUGCGAUUUAUCGUCGCAGUCAAACAUCAUUACAUAAUUAAAGUCUGAUAUCGAUGUAGUCAAAGUAUCCGAUAUCUGACGUUGAAUAAUAUUCACUUGAAGGUACCAUCGUAUUCGUCGAUGGUUCGGAAGAUUUAAUUCUCAAUCAAUCGUCUGUUUUAACUGCCUCAAUGUAUAGUCGGCACACUGCCCUUUUUCAAUUCAAAGUAUUAUACCGAAGAUAUUCACUUCUGUUGAAUACAGCUAUCAAUUUUUGAAACACAUAGUCGCACGAGGUUGAACAACAGAAAUUGAUGAUAUUGAACUGUCUGGCUAAUGUUGUAUGAAGACGUUAUAUCAGAUAUGAAUCUCUCAUACUCUUUACGAUGAUAUUCAGAAUAUUGGUUAUCAACGGACAAAAACGAGAAAUGAAAUGUGGCCUUUUCCCGAAUGGCAUUUGAAACCCUAUUUCCUUAACAUUAGUAAAAACCGGCUUAAAGUAUCGUUGAAAAUAUCAAAGCGCUAUUACCGUUGAUGUGUAGUAAUUAAGAUUUAAGAAUAGGUCAUGAUAAUGUAACCAACGUUGCACUUUUACGAUCUACUUUGAGAAACUGAUAUUUUUAGAGAGCCAAAAUAAUGCUUAAUGAAUUCAGAACUACUAACCCGGAAGAAUGGCAAAAUUGUGCCAAUGUAAUAGCGAAUUAUCACUACAAUGGACAAAGUAGAGGAUAAAGAAACAAGUACAGCAUUGUGCCAAUGAGCCGACAGCUAUUUAUUUCUUCUAUUUAUUCAUUUCUUGAGUUUCUCACUAUCUAUUACCAUUGACUAUUUGUAUCAGGUACAGUAUGGUUACUCGAUGCUACCGCCUUCAAUUAUCCUUUUAACUUUACACUUUUAUACAAUUAGUAACGGUUUUCCGAUCAGCUUUAAUUAAAUCGUCUAUUAAUUACACUCGCGGUGGAUCUGUGUUGAGUGAGAUACAGUGCAGGCGACGAAAAUUACCGGAGAUCAUGGAUUUCAAUGAAAUUUAACCGUCACAUAAAAUGAUGAACAUCAUAUGUUACAGUUCCUAGGAUUACGAGAUUUUCCACGGGUAUUUCUUUUUUAAAUUUAAUAUCAUCGUUCGAGUGUAAUGCACAGUUUCCUAUAUUAACAAAACGGACAACGUCGUUAUCUGUACUAGGUAUUAAUUUACAAUUCACUCUAACGACCAAACUACUAUACAUAAUUUAAAUUGUAUUUUUCUGCCUAUUAUCCUUUAUUUGUUUGUGGCGUCUUUGUAAUUGUUUCUAUCAGAUCGGUAGACAUUAGGUAGUCCGCUGGUCUGGCAGAGUAGAGAUGCUGCGAUAUUCAUUAUGAUGUAUUACUUACUAACAUUGAUUGACUCUCCAUUAUUAAGUGCAGCACCUGGUCGAACAUUUGAGCUAAUGAGCUGUAGAACCAAAUUUUCGUCAAUUUAAUAAUCAUUCACUAUUAAAUUUUGCGGCAGGCUAGCUAUUUAGCAUUUUCGGAAACGAGUAUGACGUUAUACAGUAUUUUUUCCCCCGAAAUGUGCGAAUUUGAGGUAUGUUAUCAAAUCGCAACGAAAGUAUCAAUUGCAACUAAAUUCAACUGUCCAUAUGAGAGUAAUAUCUUAAUUCUGAGAGUCAAUUUAUCCAAAAUCUUGUAGCAUCUCUGCAAUGUCACGUGGCAUGGUGCCAUAUAUUUGUAUACAUGCAUAUUAUUAACGGUAGAUGAUGUAUAUAUGUAUAUAAUGUAUGUAUGUUUGAACAUAUGAAUUUAUACCUGCAACAUAUACACAGAUGUAAGUUUAUAGACGAAGUACUUAUGCUUAUUCUAUUCAAGAUUUUUAGUUAAGUCAUAUCUAUUUCAUCGCUAACAACAUACAUAUUGGCACAGCUGUGCUAUAUCAAUUUUUCGAAAGAGACAUCAAAGAUAUGAAAAUCAUUCUUUCAGAUUAUUAGUAUAAUAAUUUAUCUUUAGAACAAUUAUUUUACCUCAAUGAAUUUGUAUUAUAUUUUUAAUGCCACGACAGAGUUGGAGACUUGUCAUUAAAUUUAUUGUUAGAUAGUUGUACAGGGUGAGUCACCACAAAGGUCCGAUUUGGGCGGAGCUUCAAUUGGCCCCGCCUUCAUGCAUUCUCACUUAUUAUUCUCAAAAUUCUUGCUACUAACAGAUAGCGCUACCUUCGGCUGAUAAAUUGUCGUCAUUGUGUUGGAGCUGGAAGUCAGUAUAGAGUCUAGUCAUACAAUGUAUUGUUAUGAUGCUGAGUGAUACGAAAACAUCCACACAAAUACAUUCCGUGAGAGAAAUCUUCGGAAAUCUUUCUGCAUAAAACCUAACUGUAGCAUUCGCAUUUGAACGGUACUCGCCAUCAAGUGAAAGCAUGUCAACAUAUUCGUCAAUUGAGUAAAUCGCCAAUAUCACAAAAUCACUGAUAUGUUUAUAAUUCAACGUUCCGUGAUUAGAGGAUUUCUCUUUAAUAACUAAUCUCUCUUAAGUGAUCCCUUCCGACUCUCGCCCAGAACGUAUUUGUGUGGAUUCUUUGGAAUCACUCCGCGUUAUAACAAUACAUUGUAUGAAUAGACUCUAUACUGACUUCCAGCUCGGACACAAUAAUAAGAAUAUCCGAAAGUAGUGCUAUUUGAUCGCUGAUUGGUUACAGGAAUUUUUAAAAAUUACCAAUAAGAAUGGAUGAAGGCGGGGCUUCAGCCAAUUGAAGCUCCUCCCACAUCGGACCUUUAUGGUGAUUCACCCUGUAUAUAAGUGUUACAUAAAUGCAUACAAUAAUAUUCUUUUCCGUUAAACCAAAAACACUUGUACAUAUAUACCGAUAAUGCUAAUGGUAACGAUGAGAAUAUAAUAAGAGGUUAUAUUAAGUAAUAACCACGUCAUAUUACCUAUAAAUGGUUAUAUCAAAAUAUAGUCACAGAUGCAACUAUGUUCGAAUAGGUGAUCGCGUUAAAAUCGCUAUAAUGUAAUUAGAUCUGGAAAUGUUGAUCUUAAAAAAAAAAAAAUUAAAAUGCGCUUGAUUUACAAAAAUUAUUAUCCAUAAAAACCCAAUGAUAAUGAAAAUUGAAUUCUUCAUAUUAGCGUUUUGUUAGAAGAGUUAAAUAUAAUUUGACAAAUAUUGAUCAUCGCUGAAGAAUUUAAUUUUUUAUCUUACGAGCCGAUGCAUAAAUCGGUUUUAUGAGAUAUUUCGGUUGGAAUACUUGCAAAAAUAUUAAUACAGCACGGAGGCAGCGAUCUUAUGUGUAACUAAAUUGUAAUAUUUAUAAUAUUCUGUGCCUUAAUGCCUCUGAUCAAACGUGAAGUGUUUGAAAAGAUAUUCGAAAUCGAAUAUCUGGUGCAAAUAAAUUUCAGUCCAUCGUGUAUAACGUCAAAAAUAUUCUUGGAAGAUUUAACUGUACAUACUUGUCGUUAGUUUAACUCUGAUCCCCCAUCUCAGAGAUGAUAACUUAUGACUCAGAACUUUGAAACGGAAUACACACGUUUCAACUGAAUUCUAACAACUUCGAGAGUAGGUGUUCGAUUCGCCGAAACCGUAUUCAGUAUUCCUGUUUCCGCAUACCGUGAUAUCAACUUCAUUACAUACAGUCUCUCUUGUAUGACUUGCUACAUAUACCUCUGAUUUCUGUGAAAAUUGAAAUGAUACCAAACGAGAGCGUAACUGGCGAUGUUGGAAAAUCUAAAUGAUUACAAGUGUCUUGAUAAAAAUAUAGUGUACUUAAACAAUACGAAGAAGACAUAUUUGACAAAUGCUGUGAGCACGCUGAUGAAAUAUUCAUUUAUACGCAAAAGGACCUUAUCAAACUAUUUUUAUGGUUCAUGACUCGUUCUACACCAUAUUAUAACAAUAUAAUCCUACGAGUUGUGUAUUAGGAAUGAACUUUAGUUACAAGUUUCAGAAUAUUUUAACACUCAUAGCUUCUGAAAGAGGUACAAAUACUGCUUGUAAUUAAUUUUCGACGUUAUUUUGCGCUUUACUUCGCAACCAGCGGCUACCUAAGCGGUGCCGAUCCAGUGUUCAGAAUAAAGUUUUAUCUGAUUAAUUCUCUAACAUAAUUUCUGGCUUCAAUACCUUGUUUUGAAUCAGAGGUUAGUCUUGGAAAAAAUCCGAAGAUUCAACAGAAAUUAAGGUUAUCAUUGGAAUUUCAACGAUCCAAAACUCGCGCUUUUAUAUCAUCCGAUUGAACUUUAAUAUUUUUCGUCACUUGGCCAACCUAUGUGUAAAACUGUAAGUUAAAACCGUGUAAUUGGAUUCGAAGUGUAUUUCGGAAAAUAUUUGUAGUUAUUUUAGAACGAGCCAUUGUUAAUUGCUACUCGAAUGGGAUGAUAAUUGUAUUGAUAUCACAACUUCUAUAACAUCGCGUACGGUACAUAAUUAUGGCGUUUACGUGGAAUUCGAUACAAUAGACUUUAAAGGUUCUAUGAAAACGUUGCUAAAGCAUUUUGGCGACAGAUGUGACGCACAACACUUUGGUGGAUUGAGGCUUUUUUCCGAGUUUUUUCGAGAAAGAUUUUCGAGAUGAAAUCAGUACUGGAUGAAAUUUACGAAUAUUAUCUCUGUGUAGCAGAUUCUAUGAGUUGUUCGAAAACAUUUUGUUUUCCUGGUCACGUAUUAUCUAUACUUAUUGUUGUGACGUGAUCUGUAAAUAUCUAUACAGCAUUCUGUACAGUUGCUCGCGCCUUUAUUCUGUUGAAACGGUGACAUACCGACUAAAUAAAUUCUCUGAUAGCCAAAACUUCUGCGUCAUGUAAUCGGUACUAUUGUAACUGCUAUAGCACUUGUGAAAGUAUUUUGACAAGUUUAAUUUUUUUCAAUAAAAAUGUUUAUCCCGCUCCUUGACCAAUAUACCUAUGUAUGAUGUAUAAAUGUAAUCUGUCGAUGUAAUAAGCAGUCGAAGCGCAAAAAUAUGAUAUAUGAUAGCUAUACCCGACAUACCAGUUGAUGUAUAAUUGUUAGAUGGUUCCAAAAAUCAAUUGUAUAUAAUACAAAUUAAAAUUUUUCACGUAUUGUACUGACCAUGCCUGCAUAGAAAGCCGGAUACUGUUCCAAAAAUCGUAUACAUAAUAAAUAGUGUCGUACAUACACAUUUCCGUAUGUGUAUAUACGUGCACAUAUAUACUA